AUGGGAGGGGGAGUCAAAGGGAUGGAUGCUCGGAUGUCAAUCCGCGUAAGCGCGAGACUGGAACUACGUAUCUCGCCAGGUCGCGGUGUCACAGGUACCACUCCAGCCAUGCACUCUUUCUGCUUCGAAGAAGCGCCGACAUACAUGAACGCUACAACCCAGAUUUCAGGAACUGGAAAGCUACCUAUCUGGAGAUAUGAUGUCGUUUAUUGGACACCUCUAAUGCAACAUGGGCGCUUCCUGAGACCGUUGGCCAGACUAGGCAGGAAGAUCGUGUUUCAUAUCCCUUGCUUCGGGGUACGGGGAGUACCCCCGAGACGGGUAGACAAGGACUAUCUAUCGUCCUAUACACUAGCUAGAUCAACAAAUAUUCCGGAAAUGGCGUCUGGAGUGCAGCAGAUCCCGCUUCACGACCCCCCGCCCAUUAAGCCAUGUACGUAUACUUGUGUACACUCAGGCCGUGUAGCGGGCUGUGUAUCUAGGCCUUUCUUCAUUGCGCCGCAAAACAUUCCUCCCAACAGGAUUUCGUAUAAAAUCUGGGAUGGAAAGCGUCCGAUCAUAGUAAGUAGCGGCAUCGGAUGCCUCGAGGGUACUUUAGUUAUCGGCAAAACUUACUUGCUGUAUGGAUCAUCACCCAUAAGCAUGAUCGAGUUCCUGAUCCCGAGAGGGGCAACUCCAGACUGCGUUGCAUUUCCCAUCUACCGAAAGGGCGGUGAGGUGUUUGGCACAAUCUGGACACGGGAGAAGUGUGAGGAUACCACUCUGGCAUCCAUGGCUAGUAGUGCCCAAUCGCUUGUACAGACAAGAAAGCGCCCCCAUUCCAUCCCAGGUCGCUUGAGCGAGUGUAUGUUCCUCCUACCUACUCUCGGGACUGCAUCCUGCAGUAGUCUGCAGGCGUCGGGGAAAGUAGACCGCAAACUUGUUCUACGUUUAUUGGAAAGGAGUAUUGUAGAUAAUGAAGUACACCUAUGUGUCGUGACAGCAGAUGGAGUUACGGAGGAUACUAAAAGCUACACUGCUGGCCAUGCAGUGGCCGUAGCGCUUGCCCCAUGUGGAUGGAUGGGAAGACAGGGAGCAGAUCCUUGA